GCUCGCCGCUCCCGGCCACACCGAGGGCCGUGCUAUGAUCUGGCGGCGCCGGGAGCAGCAUGGGCAGCGUCAGCAGCCUCAUCUCCGGCCACAGCUUCCACAGCAAGCACUGCCGAGCCUCCCAGUACAAGCUCCGCAAGUCCUCGCACCUGAAAAAGCUCAACCGCUACUCGGACGGGCUGCUCCGCUUCGGCUUCUCGCAGGACUCCGGCCACAAGUCCGGCUCCAAGAGCAGCAAGAAUGAGGAUUUCUUUUACAUCAAGGUCAGCCAGAAGUCGCACGGCUCCCAGCGGCCGGACUACACCGCCCUGGGCAGCGGGGAGCUGGGAGUGCCCGCCGGGAGCAGCGGGCUGGACUUCGGGACUCCCACGCCGCAGAAGCUGAUGCCCUUCCCCAGCCAGCUGGAGGUGGGCGGGGAGAAGCCGCUGCCUCGUCCCACGGCCUUCAAGCCGGUGCUGCCGCGCUCUGGGGCCAUCCUGCGCUCGUCCCCCGAGAGCGGGGGGCCCCUGGCCCAGCAGCUGCACCCCCCGGAGAAGGCCAAGGAGCAGGAGCUGCGGCCGCUGCCGUGCUCGGGGGGCCUGUCCGACUCCGGCCGCAACUCCAUGUCCAGCCUGCCCACGCACAGCACCAGCAGCAGCUACCAGCUGGAGCCCCUCGUCACCCCCAUGGGCCCCAUCAGCCGCUUCGGGGGCUCUGCCCACAACAUCCUGCAGUGCGCCAUCAUCCAGGACAGCAACAUGAUGAGCCUCAAGGCCAUGUCCUUCUCCGACGGCGGCAACAAGAUCCUGAACCCCGGCAAGGCCCCCCACCACCACCCCGCCGCCGAGAAAAGCACCUGCGUGCGCUCGCCCAUCGCCACGGACGAGUCCACCAUCCAGGAGCUGGAGCAGAAGCUGCUGGAGAGGGAGGGGGAGCUGCAGGAGCUGCAGUCAAGCUUCGAGGAGAAGGAAAUCAGCUCCUGCCAGGCCUACGAGGAGAAGCAGCGGCGCUGCAAGGAGGAGCUGGAGGGGCUGAAGCAGAAAUGCAACAGCAAACUCAAGCAAACCUCGCAGAAGACGCAGCGGACGCAGCAGGUGCUGCACCUGCAGGUGUUCCAGCUGCAGCAGGAGAAGCAGCAGCUGAGGGAGGAGCUUGAAAAACUCAUGAAGGAGCAGAACCUGCUGGAGACCAAGCUGAGGUCCUACGAGAAGGAGAAGACCAGCUUUGCCCCGGCGCUGGAGGAGACGCAGUGGGAGGUGUGCCAGAAAUCCGGGGAGAUCUCGCUGCUGAAGCAGCAGCUGAAGGAGUCGCAGACCGAGCUCACCACCAAGACCACAGAGAUCCUGAGCCUGAAGGCGCAGCUGAAGGAGGUGAGGCUGAAGAUGGAGGGGCUGGAGAUGAAGACCCAGGAGCUGGAGGUGUCGCUGCGCACCAAGGCCAUGGAGCUGGAGGUGUGCGAGAACGAGCUGCAGCGCAAGAAGAACGAGUCGGAGCUGCUGCGGGAGAAGGUGAACCUGCUGGAGCAGGAGAUCCUGGAGCUGCGCUCCGAGCUCGCCGUGCUCCGCGAGCAGCUCAGCGAGGGGCCCCGGCCGGGCGGGGACGAUGCCCAGGCCCUGCAGGGGCAGCUGGAGAGGCUGCGGGCGGAGCUGCAGGCGGAACGCGACAACAACGAGCAGAUGAGCUGCAGCUUCCAGCAGGAGCGGCAGACGUGGAAGGAGGAGAAGGAGAAGGUGAUCCACUACCAGAAGCAGCUGCAGCAGAGCUACCUGCACAUGUACAAGAGGAACCAGAGCCUGGAGAAGAUGCUGCAGCAGCUGGCGGCGGGCGAGGACGGCAAGGAGCCCAUCGAGCUGGAGAUCCCCGGCGCCGACGUCCCCUACGAGGACAUCAUCGCCACCGAGAUCUGAGCUGCCGUCCCCUCCUCGCAGCCCGGGGAGAUGCUCGGCCCCCUUGUACAGCCGAGCUGAGCCGUGUCCCCCCUGUCCCGUCGUGUUCCAGAGGUGACCAAGCCACUCGUGCCAAUGGUGACGUGCCCGCAGCUCCCCCGCCCCGGCACCGCCCUGGCACUGCCCCCUCUGCCCCCCGAGGAGCCGCCGGUGGGGCGGGCAGGGAUCAGGACUCCAGGGAAUUCUCUGCCAUCUGUGCCCAGCGCCCAGGGGAUACUCCAGGCCUGGGGGAACCCAGCCUGGCCCAGCUCCGGGGAUGGCCCAGCCCAGUCCUGCCCACUGCCAGUGACAGGGAUCAGCCCCAGUGUGUGCCCAGCUCUGGGAAUGGCCCAGCUCUGGGAACGGCCCAGCUCCGGGGAUGGCCCAGCUCCAGGGAGGAUCCAGCUCUGGGAAUGGCCCAGCUCUGGGGAUGGCCCAGCACAGUCCUGCCCACUGCCAGUGACAGGGAUCAGCCCCAGCUCCCUGGAGGAAGCUCCCACUCCUCCUCAGCCUCUGUCGGCGCCGAUCCCAAGGGCUGGAUCCAGGAAAGCUGGAUCCCAAGGGUGCCAUGGGAGCACAGAGCCACCUCCUGCCGCUGCCACAUCCACCCCUGCCAGCCCUGAGGGCCUCAGGAAGGUCCCCAGCUGCACCCCCCGGUACAGCCCAACCCCCCGAAAUCAGCGCUCAGUCCGAGCACAGCCCGCCCUGCACUGCACCACUCACUGCCCUCCCUCUGCCCGGCAUUCCCAGCUCCCACCAAGGACUCAUUCCCUUUUCUCGGCUGCCAGAGAGCAGCCGGAUCCAAGAAUUCGCAGGAAUGUCCCAGCCACGGUCUGACCAAGGAACGGGGUUUGUGUUCACCCCACAGCCCCUCGCACUCACCGGGGCUGUCCCUCCCGGGACCCCCGGCUGCCUUAUCUCCUCCCGUGCCCUGAUCCCGCUGGAUCCUGCCAGGGGAAGCUGGUUAAAACACCCCAAAACAACCACUUUCACCUUAAUUUCUACCCCAGCUCUUAAAAUUUCGUCCUGCCACCAGCGAGUGGCUCCACGGAUAAUGAGGUGGCACUGCUGGUGACCCUCGUGUCCCCCUGACUGGGGAGGGAACCAGCAGCGCCCAGUUUGGGGGGGGCUCCAGCCAGGACCCCUCUGUGCCAGUGCAAUGAUAUUUUUGCUGCAGUUUUUUACCCACUGCCCCAUUCCAGGGGUCUUGGGGGGAGGGUGGGGGGGUCUUGCACAAU